GUUGGAUCGACCUGAUUUUUGGGUGGGCCAACUUCCAUGGUGGGCCCACCAUUCUGGACAGGUUGGAUGCCAGACACACAACACGGUGGGCCCCACGCGCAACCUUAUACUUGAGGAAGUGAUCUUCCGCAUCGGAUGUUUAUAUCUCUUUCUUUCUCCUCUCCUCUCCUCUCCGACGCAACUCUCUUCAGAAGCAAGCGAAAGGCCUCUUCUUCUAGUCAGCAGAAUUCCAGAUUUAUCCUUCUGUUUUUAGGGAAAUUCCCAACAAGUCCAAUUGAAAUGAUUGGCAGGGGAGGAAGGGACAGAUUCCGGGGCGAGUAUCUGCCACGGUUCGAAGAAAAGUCCCACUUUGGACGGAAGGAUGCUCCACCGUCGCGCCAUCUCUGGGUGGGUAAUUUAUCACCUCAUUUGACUGAGCCUGUCCUCACGGAGAAAUUCUUGCGGUUUGGAGAGAUCGACAGUAUUGCUUUCCCCCCAGGCCGUAGCUAUGCUUUUGUCAACUUCAAGAAAGAAGAAGAUGCUGUGAUUGCGAUGAGAGGCCUCCAAGGUUUUGUCCUUGCUGGCAUGCCGAUGAAAAUCGAGUUCACAAAGGGGGAAAGAUCGUCAACGUCAUCACAUGGUGAGGAAUACCCACAAAGUAGGGAUGAUAGGCGCUCUGCCGAACAUGGAGAGCCAUUUUCUCAUAAAGAUUCAAGAAUACGCCAGGCCAGUCCUGAAACCUAUCGUUUUGACAAGUCCAAGGGGGAUAAGAACGCUGAACCAAGCGAGGUGUUAUGGGUAGGGUUUCCUUCGUUCUUGAACAUUAAUGAGACUAUUUUAAGAAGGGCUUUUUCCCCAUUUGGUGAGAUUGAGAAAAUCACUGCAUUUCCUGGUCGUAGCUAUGCAUUUGUGCAAUUUAGGAGUAUAGCGGCUGCUUGCAGAGCAAAAGAAGCUCUUCAGGGGAAACUAUUUGACAAUCCUCGUGUGAGUAUAUGCUUUGCAAAGAGCGAACUUGGCCCAUCAGAACGUGGGAGGAAUUCAAUGAAUGGCCCGUUCCCGCAUUUCAACUCUUACGGUCCUUCCGGGCUGGGUGGACAGGCUGUCGAUAAUUUUAGACCAGACAGAAAUCUUGGGAAUUCAACUGGAGAAUUUAGUUCGGCAUCUCCUCGCUUCUUUCCAAAUAUGGAUAAGAUGCCUAGAGAUUCUGGUGCCUUUGGUUUCAGUAGAAACAGUUCUGCACAGACAGGCACGAGUGGUUCCUUUGACCGGCGACCAUCAGAAGAUAUAUAUGAACACCACAGAAGUCCUGCAGUAGAUAGGGGUGCAUUUGGGCAUGAUUUUCCUCCAGAGAGACCUCGAAGAAACCCAUUUUUUGGUGAGACCUGGGAAUUGCCAGAAGAACCUUUUCCCUUCCGGGAAGCAAAAAAACUAAAGACUAGCUCGCUUCCUGAUAAAGAACUUCCCGAGUAUCCAUUCUCUGAUUCAGAACAUGAAAAGCAACAUAUUCGACCGCCAAAGUUUUUCUCGGAUUUGCCAGAAAAUGAGUCCUACGAUAAAAACUUUGCUUCUGGGCCUUUUGAUUAUAAACGGAUUCCGGAUCACUUGAAAAAUUUACCCCGUCCACAGGCAGAAAGAGACGGUUCUUGGAAAACCCAUGAUAGUUUUGAAGGUGCCGGUUCUUUGCCUGCAAAGCCCCUCAAGUGGCAGCAACCAUUCACACCUGACUCUCAUCAUUCUCCUUUGAACGAGGAGUGGAAGUGGGAGGGAACGAUUGCGAAGGGAGGGACUCCAGUCUGUCGUGCCCGUUGCUUUCCUGUGGGAAAAGUCCUGGAUGUCAUGCUGCCUGAGUUUUUAAAUUGCACCGCAAGGACUGGUCUCGAUAUGCUUGAAAAACAUUUCUAUCAAGCAGCUAGUUUUUGGGUGGUCUUCUUUGUUCCAGGAAGCGAUGCCGAUAUCAUAUUUUACAAUGAGUUCAUGCACUAUCUGGGGGAGAAGCAGCGAGCAGCGGUUGCCAAAUUGAGCGAGAAGACCACUCUAUUCCUUGUGCCACCAUCAGAAUUUUCUGAGAAAGUUCUCAAAGUACCUGGUAAAGUGAGCAUCUCUGGUGUAAUUUUAAGGUUCCAGCACCCCAGUUCAAAUUAUGGCUCUCUCCAUCAUCCCCUUGAAACCAUGGAUUCAAAACUACCACCCCGAGUAAUGGAUGGAGCAGCCUUCCAUGAGGAUAUGUCAUCAUACCGUAAGGCAACCUCUCCGGGUCUCAUGCCAUCUUCUUGGGGCGGUCAAAGCUAUAUCGGCUCCUCAUCAGAGCCUUUCCCUUCAUCCACUUCUUCUUUCCCAUCACUACAAAAACAAGGAGUUGUCAAUCUUCCUCAGUCAGAGAAAGCAUCUGAUUCCCUCAGUGAGAGUAGGUACGACCAACUUCAUCACAAUAAUCCUACAUUGCAAUCGAAUUGGUCUCCUCUCCAAAUGCGGAAUCAGAAUUCUAGUAUGGGAAGUUUUCCAUCCCUUUCCUUUGAUGAGUCCAUGGCACAAAAAUAUCUUUCUGGAAAGCCCGCAGCUGUGCAAGAAUCAGCUUCAAAUCAGUAUACACCCACCAAUUCUGGUCUCCCUUUACCUAACAGCAAACCUCAGCUUUCUUCGUCUACACCUGUUCUGCCUCUGCAACCUGAACAGCUUGCACAGCUUGCAACACUUCUUGGGCAACGGCAACAGCUGGUGAAAGCGCCUGUUCCAUCAUCAGGGGAAGAUCGUAACCCAUCAAGUGUUCCGAAUCAGCCAGAACAGGCAUUUACAUCCGCCCCGAAUCUUGCUCUGCAGAAUCAUGCUUCUGCAUCUUCUGACUCUUUGACUGCCCAAUUCAAUCAAGUGCAGCAGCUGCAACAGCAGCAACAUGCAUCCAAUGUUUCUGCAGUUACUCAGGCAAAUUGUACAGAGUUACCAACUCCACCUGGGAGUUCUGGAGGCCAGGGGAAUCAACAGCUGCAAAAUAGCAGUCGGGAGGAGACAGAAACAGAUCCACAGAAACGCCUCCAGGCGACAUUGCAGCUGGCUGCAACUCUUCUUCAGCAGAUCCAGCAGCAAGCGAAGGCUGCCGACCAACGGUAAUUCCUUUAAAAGGUAUCUACUUACUGAAAUUACAGCACUGAUGCAUAGCUCAUGAUGGAAAGUGAAUGUGCAUGGACCCUGCAUGGAAUUCUGGUUAGCCAAUCUACCUUUUAGACCUCGUCUUUUUGAAAAGCUUAAGCGGGCCGUCUAGACUAGGAUCUCCCAGUUGGUGCAGUGUUCUCAUCUUUGACACUAGUAAGUUUUGGUUUCCUUUAACAACAUCAAAUGUAGAAGGAACACUAUUGUUUUGCUAAGCCAUGAUUUUAGGUAAAGUGCGCCAUGAUAAAAGGACGUGAUUCAAUAAAUGCGUCCGUUGUUGAUUUUGUGAUCAGCCAUGAAUAUUUUCAUUUGUUGCCAGGUACAAGUAUUUUUAUUUUUAUUUUUUA